AUGUGUACCACUAUUUCGGAUCUUUUCGUAUCCAUGCUCCUGCAGAUUGCCGAAUUUGAUGCGAUUAACUCCCGAGAAAUCAAAUUUCUCCGUAUUCUCGCUUUGCGUCGACAGACUGUUAAAAGUGUUUUCUUCUCCUUCGUUAUCACCUUGAUCUUCCAUUUCCUUAAUGUUUCCGAUCAUGCGCUCCCCGGGUUUUGGGCUGGUGUGUUAUAUCAAACAGCCGAAUCCGUCUACCAUCUUGUAGCUCCCGACUUACGCCAAAUGGUAGCCCAGAUUCUCGACCUCCGGUUUGGUAACGUUGGUGCAGUUCUUAGAGCUGCAGCUACUGGCGAAAGAUUGUCUUUCACCUAUUCAACUGGACGUGGUAAAGGCGAUAAGAUUCUUGAUGUUGCUUGUCCACAUUCCAUCAGGGAUUUCCAGACAAUCAGAACCGCUGGGGUUGGCGUAAGUGGUAGUAUUGUUGAACCGACACACCACAUUAAAAUUAAUGCAGCUUCUGUCAAAGUCACAGGGAAAGAUGCUACAAAUCUGUCUGGUCUUGCAUGGUUGGAUCGCGUCUCUUUGCUCGGAACUAGCGCAUCUGCAGACCAGGUUCAUCCUCAUCUAGCCUACUCGGCUAUGGAUAUCCGAAGAUACGUACAUGUUAAAAAG